AUGUCAUAUUAUCCAGAUAGGGAAGAAUUGCCUCCUUUAGGUGCUCUCUGCCUCGAUUACACCGAUGAUAUUCAUCGGCCACCAGGCGAUCCAUUGAAUGAGCUAUCUUUUCAAUUUCCUAUAAUCCACGAGAUGGUAGAAAAUGCAUCUUUGUGGAAUGUUGUUGCAUCCGAAGAGUACACCGAAGAAUUUCUACAAAAGUUUGUGAAUGCCUGUGAUAAGUUGGCGGAUCGUGGGGCCUUGGGAAUCAUUACGUCUUGUGGAUUCCUCGCCCAGGUGCAACAACGGCUCGCCGCCCGAAUUAGAAUUCCAAUUGUGACGAGUAGUCUGCUACAAAUUCCGUUUCUACUAAAUGUGCGUCACCAAAGUGAGCACAUUGGAGUCAUUACUUUCGAUAGUAGCACCUUGGGCGACGCGCAUUUCCGUGGUGCCGGUGUAACACCAGAGAUGAAAGAAAGAGUUUCGGUAAUCGGCUGUCCACCGGACGGGGUGCUAAGAGGGAUAAUCAAAAAUGGUGAUCCUUACGUUCAUGAGGACCUAGAGGCGGAAAUCGUGAAUUGUGCAGAAGAAUUGCUCAAAAUUGAUCCGCAAGUGAAGGUGUUUCUGUUGGAGUGCACUCAAAUGCCGCCAUCUGCGAAGGCGAUUCAAAAGUCUACGGGUCUCCCUGUGUAUGAUGUCGUAACUUUAAUUGAUUGGUUUUAUGCGGGACUAAGGCCAAAGACCUUUGUCGCAGAUGAGUUCAAAGAAGAAGGAUUGCGCAGAAGAUUGCGGAGUGAUCAGGAAUUGAAGCAAUAG